CCAUAUUGGAAAGCGCAGAAGAAGAAGAAAAAGCAGCAGCAGCAGAAGAAGCUCAAGCUGAAUGGAUCAAUCUGCUUACAAGUAUCAUUCGAAAACUUAAAAUGUGUUCAAAUAAGCGGAUUUCUGUCAAAACGUUUUGGAUUGUUGUUUGUUAACAGUACAGAUAUUUCACAAAAAUAAAAACAAGUUUUUCAGGAAGCUGUUAGCUAGCAGUUAGCCACCGGGGACUUCAUGUUUAACUACCUGCCCGCAGCUGUCGCUCUGCUACCUCGCUGUCUCCUCCCUUUUUCAUCCCGGACCUUCACUGGAGCCUGUCGUCUCCUCAGCAGGAUGGAGGCGGCCGUAGUGAGGUGCCUUCCCGAGGAGCCAAAGCUCACCAUCUCCUUCUGUUUGGACGGCAGCCACAAACACAUGCAGCGGGACCAGGACGAGGCGCUGGGCAAAGUCUUGGCCCGAAUCUCAAACUCUAUUUUAAAAAAACACACAAAGGCGAAAAAGUCCAAGAAGAACUGCAGUGAAGCAGCGGAGAUCCCCGCAGUGAAGCUGUUCUUUAUGGGGAACGAAUUACCCGGAACGCUACCUAACUCGGAGGCUUGGCAGAACGGAGCUGUUCUUCAGGUGGGAGAAGUUAAAUACAAUGUUCAGAGGAAUCCCCCUACUUUCACCACGGCGGAACUCCCGGUGUCACUGCUGGCCGGGUUUCCAGUCUGUCCCAAACUGGAGAUUGAGUUUGGGAACCUCCAAGACUGCGAGUUUACGUGGUUUCGAGAGAACCCACCAAGAACCAGCCCAGAAGCUGCUGAAGCAGGCCCAGAUCAGGAAGACAGAUGGACACCGGUGGGACGUGAGAGAGUCCAUGUCCCAUCCAAUCAGGACAUCAGCUGCAGGCUAAAACUUCGCUGCACACCCAGGGAUGGAAGUUGCAGUGGUCCAGCCAAAGAGUUGGUCUCUGCUGGAUCAGUGGAGGCAGGACCAGGCGUGUGCACAUUUGACAACCGUCACAUGUACACUGUGAAGAUGGCAGAGUGGCCGGCAGUGAGAGUGAUGUCUUAUAACAUCCUCGCUGACAUCUACGCACAAACAGAUCUGUCUAAAACUGUGCUGUACCCGUACUGCGCUCCCUACGCCCUGCAACUUGACUACAGGCAGAACCUGAUCAAGAAGGAGCUGGCUGGAUACAACGCUGACAUCAUCUGUCUGCAGGAGGUGGACAAAGGGGUGUUUGUGGACAGUUUGAUUCCAGCACUGGAUGCAUUUGGGCUGGAUGGAGUUUUUCGUGUCAAAGAGAAGCAGCAUGAAGGAUUAGCUUGCUUUUACCGCAGGUCAAAAUUUCGGCUGCUGAGCAGCCAUGACAUCAUGCUGAGUGAAGCGUUGACCUCUGACUCCAUACAUGCUGAACUACUGGAGGAGGUUUCUGCAAACAGUACUUUAAAGGACAAGGUCCUGCGCAGGUCCACAUCACUGCAGGUCACUAUCCUCGAAGACGUUAUUAAACCUGGCAGGAAGGUCUGUGUGGCCAACACGCACCUGUACUGGCACCCACAAGGGGGGAAUGUUCGCCUCAUCCAAAUGGGUGUGGCUCUAAAGCACCUGGGUCAUGUGAUCAGUGAAAUAGCACCUGGAGUCCCGCUGGUGUUUUGUGGUGACUUUAACUCUACCCCAAACUCAGGGGUGUUCCAGCUGCUAAGUGAUUCUGUGAUUCCUCAGCAGCAUGCUGACUGGAGCAGCUCUGGUCUGGAGGAGUCCUGCAGCAUUCAGCUGAACUCUGGCUUUCCUCCUCUGCUGAGUGCCUGUGGACAGCCAGCUUACACCAACUACGUGGGAGGAUUCCAUGGCUGCCUGGACUACAUCUUCAUACAACCUGAGCGCAUGCAGGUGGAGCAGGUGAUCCCUCUGCCCAGCCUUCAGGAGGUCACCACCUACAAGGCUCUGCCCAGUGUGGCUCACCCCUCUGACCACAUCGCCCUGGUCUGUGAUCUGCAGUGGAACCCAUGACUUCUGACCGCUACAGAAAUGUUAAUUAAUUCCUGUUAAUAAAUAAAUGUCCAAAUUUUGAA